AUGCAGCUCAUAUCGCUCGCUCUAGUCUUUGGCCUGGGCAGAGCGAUGCCUUACACCAUGGACUUCCCGAGUAUCACCAUUGAUAUUCGUCCCACGUCCUCGCCCACCACUUUCAACAACACAGUCUUGCCUUUUGGCUCCUAUUCAAACAUCACCACAAGCAUGACUCUUGCCAUGCGCCCAACUCUUUCUCCAUCGGUCACCUCGAUCAACAACAAUACGAACAGCAGUCUCGGUGCUUGCGGUCCUAGCAUUGGGUCCUGCCCUCUGGACUCUGCUGCAGGUAAGAAACGGUCUCCUGCUUNNUCAAACUUCACAUCCCCGACUAACAGUGGACAUAGUGAAUAUGGCUACUGUGGUUCAAACUCCAGCUAUUGCGGCACAAACUGCAAGUCCAACUUUGGUGUCUGCGGUCUCAAUGCUUCCCAGCCAAUCUACAGUUUCUCCUAUGCUCCCCUCAUCACUUCUACUCCCCUCGGAGAUGGCACCGGUGCUGCUGGUAUCGUUACCGAUGAUAUUGAUCAGACCGCCUCUUCGACUUCCAUGUUCAGCUAUGCCCCCGAAAGCAGUAGAGGUGUGAUGAGCUCUACUAUCACAACGGCAACUGAGAUCUCAUUUGAGCCGGUAAGCACUACCUACACGGCUGACNCUACUUGGGUUUCUGAGAGCUACGCANUGACCACUGUUACUGUGGUAAAGAGAGUCGGCUGCUGA